AUGAAUGAAGGAUUAAAUAACAUUAUUAUGAAAAAAGAUGGAAAAUGUUUCUGGAUAAUUUUUAACAGACCAUCAAAAAAAAAUGCUAUAAAUUUUCAAAUGUAUGAUUUAAUUUUAGAAGCAUUAGACAAUGCAGAGAAUGAUCCAGAGAUUAUGAUGACAAUAUUUACUGGAAAGGGAGAAUAUUACAGUAGUGGAAAUGAUUUUUCAAUGAAUAGCUUUUCAAUGCUGGUUGAUAAUCCUAAAUUAAAAAAUGUUUAUGCUAAAUUAGUUGAUAAAUUAAUAAAUCAUUCCAAGAUAUUGAUAGCAUUGGUAAAUGGUCCAGCUAUUGGUAUUGCCUGUACAACAUUGACAAUUUUUGAUCUUGUCUUAUCUUCAGAUAAAGCAUAUUUUUAUACACCUUUUACAUCAUUAGGUUUAUCUCCAGAGGGAUGUUCAUCAUUCUUGAUGCCACAAAUAUUGGGGUAUCCUAAAGCUGCACAAUUAAUAAUAUUUAGUCAUAAAAUGAGUGCCGAAGAAGCUUAUAUAGGUGGAUUAGUUUCAAGUAUUUAUAAAGAUAAUGAAUUUAUGAAAAAAUGUACCGAAAGAAUUAAAAGAUAUGAAAAAACUUUAUGUAUGGAUUCAAUGAUAACAUCUAAAAAUAUGAUGAGAGGUAAAACAAUAAGAGAUAAACUUAUGGCAAUAAAUAAGUAUGAAAAAGAAAUAUUAAAUAAACAGAUGGAAAAAGAGGAGUGUCAAGUAUUUUUAAUGGAAAAAUUUAUGAAAUCAAAGUUAUAA